UUCUGUCGGAAUUCUUUUUAGCCCUAAUACAGAUGAUAGUACAUAUAUGUGCAUUCCUUUGAACUAGCUUAGAAAUCGAUAAGUGCAUUGUAGAUUCUGCACUUGAAUUUGAAUAUUUUGCGUUUAAUUUUACAACAAGUAAUGGAUAAAUUGUUCUAUUCCUGCUUUUAAAUAGGUUGCUCUACAGUUGCUCAUGAUAAUGCUAAUGUGGGUUUUGUAGUUUAAUCGCUCGUUUUGGCUUAAUAAAGUGUAGUUCAUUGAAUCUGAAGCAUCAAUGGACCUGUAAGAAUUUUGUUAGGAAAAGAGAAAACAUGGAGAAAAAAAUGACUUUUAAGUUGGAGUUGGUUUGCUAUCAGAAGAAUCGUGAAGUAGAUUAGUGAAAGAGCAAUGUAUAAUUUCCUUUAGUUUAAUUUUACUCAAUGCUCCAAUUUUUAUUCUUAUUUUUUUGCCUGGUUUGGUAAUGCGUCGUUGUGUCGAGUUUCUAUCGGAAAAACCUCUGGAGACGUAUGGAAAGGGACGUUGUGCAAGCCGAAGACUUUGGCAGGUGUCGGUAGGCACGCCUCUACUAAGGGCUCGAUCCUGAGAAUCAAUGCCAAUUGAAUCAAUGGAAGUGAGACCCUCUAUGCUCUUAAUCUCUAGAGUACAUAUUAUAUAUAGGAUAAUAAGUCCAUUGCUUGUGCCCAAGACAAGGUAAGAUGAAUAGGAAUGUUGAAGGGGACAUAAGGCUCAGCUCUUGAGUAGAUGGCCCAUGGAAGGGAGCUUACUCCAAGAUCUGACUCCCCUGCGUAGGAGUUCGGGAAGGUCAGAAGUAAACAAAGAGUGGUAGAAGAAAAUAAAGUGUUGCGCCCUUCUUUUCUGAUGCCCCGCCCAAGAAAGAGACCCAAGUCCUAGUAGCCGGAUAGAUUCUACAUCUUGAAAGCAAGUCAGUUUUGGCGCCGCUUUAUGAUAAUGAGACCAACCAGCAAAAAGCAUUAACGCUGCAAAGACCAGAGCCCCAAUUGAUGUACAUAGAGUUGUAAUUCACUAGUUAUGCAGAUGCUCGCCAAAGCUGAAAAAAACCAGAGGUUAUUUGCACUCCUCGGAAACCUUGCCUACGACACCAAUCACCAUUUAAUAUUUCUUGGCCCACUAGCCAAACCACCUGGGCACUAGGCCCAAUGUGCAUCUGGAAAGCGCCAGUUCAAAUCUGGUUCGUGACAAGGCCUUGAUCCAUACAGAUGGGAUCCCGACCUUUUACCUCACAAAGCCAGUGGUACAUUUUACGAACAUCCUACAUUUCUAGACCGCGCUUGUGGUUGUGGGAUUACAUUGGUGCCCGAGCCAAACUUUUGUGUGCUUCAACUGAUUCCACGGGGUAUCUUAUGCUCUACCAUAGAAGAUAUAGCCUAAUGUUUUCGCCUCCACUAGUAUUUAGACAGAACUUCUUUCAUUUUGACUAUUCACAGUAGUCGGUCCUAUAAGAUGAGGAGUCAGCUGAUGAAGUCUUGGCAGCGGCUCUGUAGGCUUAUAAUGAUUUCUAGGCCCUUUGGAAAGCCAUUGCGAGAUAAAGCGAUGGCAGUUGCUGGAAGAGUCGCUAUAAUGGAAGAAGGAACGACUUUGAAAGCUUCUUGUCCAGUGUGCUUACAAGUUCUAAGCACACCACUUGAUUCUGAUCUGAAAAUGACACUGGCUGUACACAUGAGCUUAUGGCACGCAGAUGAUGUUCAACUGCAUUGGGAACUCAUGCAAAACAAAGGAAGAUCAAUUGUUCACAUGCCUUCUUUCUGCUUUGGAGCUGGGAUGGCUGCUGGAAUUUGUGCUCUGAUGGUUAUUCUUGCCAAAAGUCAUGCUCAAGCAUUUGGCAAUAAGAGGUGAAGUUUAUCUCUAAUUCCUACUAAAAAGGGUCUGUGAUGAUUCUUUUUGUGUUUUGCCGCUUGUUUUUGCCUUAGUUCUAAAGAAUUUGCAGUAUUACGAAACAACAAACAGAUAGAAAUUUAGGAGCUUGUAUUACUGAAUGACUAAGGUUAUAUGAAGAUCCAUAGAUGGUAUAGUAAUUAAGACAGGAAAGUAGUUUUCCUAUAUCUCUGUGAUACCAAGAUGAUGUGAAUUUGUUUUCUUGUGCUUCAUUUA